UGCCGUGACAAAUAUGGCGGAAAGUAUUAUCUCUCGUGCUUGAAACGUCAUUAUUUUGCACCGAAAGUGGCUGUGUAGUGUUCAGCUGGAAACUUUUGACUGAACGUGUGUACAUCAAUGUCAGUUAAUUUUGAUGAGAGAAGCGGGGUAGUACCCUGUGUAACUCCAUGGGGACGUUGGUAUCAGACCAUGGAGGAGGUGUUCAUUGAAGUUGAUGUGACUCCCGGGACAUCAGCCCGAGAUAUCAAGUGUGAACUGGGCAGCAGGCAAAUAGGGCUGGGCAUAAAGGGUCGUCCAGUGCUGCAGGGCAAACUGUAUGACUCUACUAUAGUAGAUGAAGGAACCUGGACAUUAGAGGAUAAAAAGAUGAUUCGCAUAGUUUUAACAAAGACCAACCGAGAAGCAGGAAAUUGCUGGCCAUCAUUGUUAGAAGACCAGUAUGCUGCUGACCCCUGGGUACAAGACCAGAUGCAAAAGAAGCUCACACUGGAGAGGUUUCAAAGAGAGAACCCUGGCUUUGAUUUCAGUGGUGCAGACAUCUCAGGAAAUUAUGGAGGAGGAGGCCCAGAUUUCUCCAAUUUGGGAAGAUAAACACUGAUGCAUACUGCCAUUAAAUAUGUGACAACAUUGUGUUUACAAAAAAUUAUGAAAAGGAGCCAAAAGACCUUCAUUAAAAUGGAUUUUAUAAAGGAUGCGGUCAUUUGCACAGACUGGAACUUUGAUUCAGGCAGUUGGAUGUAACUUGCUUGAUUCAGUGUACAACCUUUUCUUCUCACUUAAUUUUGGUUGAGGAUAAUGCCGUUUUUGAAAUGAUUGUGUAUUUUUAUUUCAAUAAAUACACAGUGCAAUAUAAGGUAGAUGCGUAUUAGGCUUGUUUGCAGAAGACUGUGUUGCAAGUAACUGCAAUAAAUUGUCAUUAUGCUGAA